AUGUUCUGGUCAGCCGCCAUGGAUCUCAAGACCCAAAAACGGCCGCUCUCUCGGCCUUCGUAUGGCUCCUUUAACCCCCGAGCAGCCAGCACGAGCGUCUCCAGUCAAACUAGCAACAGCAGCUCGAACAGCAGCAGCUUCUACAUCCCACAAAGCAUCCCCGAGCACCAGCUCGUGUCGCAGUUCACGUCCCCUGGCGCUCCGUCAUCAUCGGAUUUCCGUCGCGGCCUCGUCGACGAAUACGUCGAGGGGCCCCGCACAGCCUUUGCGCGGACGCGGGCGUUGCUGCAACGUUCGGGCAACACGCACGCCGCGCUCAAACAGCUGUUACAAACUGACCAGCGACGGGACGUGGGUCCAGCCUUAAGUACGACGAACUCAGCCUCAAGGCUGUCGUCGACUCAGACCGACUCAGAUGGUGGACUGCAGCAGCAGCAGCCGCUGCUGCUCAAGCCACAGACGCGGCAGGAGCCGAACCCUCAGGAAGACAGUAACGAGCACAACUACUGGAUGCAAGAGCUCGCGCGGCGACGUGCGGGACUGAAGCGGAGCCGACGACGCACGUGCACUUCAGCAGGUGCGACCACGUCGCCCUUGCGCGUGGGCGUGGUCAUGUGCUCGGUGCCGCUGGUGCUCGUGCUGGGCUUUGUUGUCUUUGUGGUGCUCUUUGGUCAGGCGUUGGACGUGUCCAGUAGCAGCAGUACUAGCAAUAGCAAUAGCCGCUAUCGUGUCGAUAGCGGGAUGACUAAGCUGCAGGAGGAUUCGAGGGAAGCUGGAGGAGAGGCACGUGUUAGUGCGGCUGGGAUGAAGACCAUAGGGACGAGGGGGGGAAGUGUGGCUCUUGCAGAGGAGGUAUCACCAGGAGAAAAUGAGGGCGGUGGGCUGAAGCUGUUGGGUGUACCCACGGACCAGAGUAGACUGCGAGGCGUACAGAUGGACGAUGUGGUGCAAUGA